GUUGGACUUGAGUCGCGCUUCAAUGACGACAACUGCACACGCCGGGCACCGCCACCGAACCUGAAAUAAUACAAGAAUCCGAUGCUAUAAUAUAAAACAACCAAUACUUGACUCCGGACAACGAUUCAGUUUCGCUUCUCACUCGUUUUCCAUUGCAUUUCCCCAUUUACAACUCCCAUUUACAUUUCAAUUUUGUGUUUUCCACACACGUGUUUUUCCCUCUGUUACUCGCCUCCUUCGGUAGUGGUUAUUUUUUUCGGUCCGCAUUGAAAAAAGUACAUCGACUGCCAGCCGAAUAGUCCCAAUUCGAAUUUUGAUUUAACCAAUUUGACGGAAAAUUAAUUGCGCUUGAAAUAAAAUCGACAAGCGAUAUGUAAUUUCUUUAUUCUCCAUUAUUUUUUUUUUUACGUGAAAACGAGCGUGUUAUUUUUGUUAAAUUUGAUUUUACAAUUGAUUGUGUUUAAGUUAAUUACAUUUGUGUUUGUGUGCCUCGAUCCGAUCCGAAAUUUGCGCCGCGCAUUCCCAGAUCACAACCUAAAUGCCUUUCGUCGAACGAUUUCAACAAAUACGUAAUUUUGUUAUGAACGUCUGUCUCGUCGAGGCCGUCCAAUUUGUUCAGGAUUUCUCGCACGCCAUUUGCCUGGACUUCCAGGGUCUGCUGUUCAACUUUAAGUAGAGAUCGAGUUCCCGUUCCCGCACCCGAUCCCGAGCGAGAUCGCCAUCGCUCACCCACUCAUUGAACUCCCACACGCAUUUCACCUCACACAUCUCACAUCGCUGACCAGAAACGCAUCGACAUUGCUUUUGUCGAGGAACAUAAUUGGACAUUUUGCUUGG